AGGAGAGGGCCAGGGGAGAUGCUGAGGACGCUGGGGACAGAUGCUUGUCGUGAGGAGUCCUUUAACUUCAUUGGAAGGCCAACUUUCUUUCUAAGCUGCUGCACUAAUGUAGGAAAUUACCCUAUCAAGCCCCUCGUCCCCAACUCCAGCCUCAAGAACAAACUUCAUGCAAUCCAGAAUGUCCCCCAAGCACAGAGAAGCCAUGCUGACCCCGGGACUCCGCUGUGUCCCCCUUUGCACUCAGCUGAUUUCCUGGCCUCUGUCCCUGCGUCAUGUUCUUAAUUCUUUUGCACUCUUACUUUUGCCAUUCUGUUUCCACCUACCUCUCCUUUGCCGCUCAUCCCCUUGUGUCUUCCUUGAUUUCCACUGUCAUCUCUCACACCUGUUCUCCCUCCCAGUCCAUUAUCUUCUCCUCUCCCUCCCCACCUGUUCCUUCCACCUGCCGCUGUUCCUCCCAUUAUUUCUUCUACCUGUUCCCUGAAGCAGGUACCCUCCGCCCUCCGCUGGUUUCCGCAGCCGCCCAUUCUCCCGGGUUUGCUCUCUGCCCGGCCCCUGCCUUCCCCUAAGGCCUGGGCUCUCCCCUUCAGCUCCUCUGAGCACAAACAAACCCGUUGGACGGGCCUCCCUGCGUUCCGGGAGGAGUUGUCAUGGCAACAAGAGUACAGCUGCCACCUGACACCACCAGCGGCUGGUAUGGGGCUGAGUCACUCACACACCCCAAGGCCACCCACUCCAGCUGACUACCCUCCUCCAUCCCACCCUCGUCUUUUCCACUGACCUGCCGGCCUCCCAGCCCAGUGCUGUGGGAGAGGUCUCAAUUAUUCCCUCCUGAGAGGUGGUGCUCCCAGUGUGGGUGGGGUGGCCUCCUGGAAGAAGGGGGAUACUGAAGGGGGUGGUUCCCAAACCUGGCCACACGUUUUACAGGGUCACCUAGGGCCGUUUUUAUAAACACAGGCUCUGAAGCCCCUUCCUGGACACACUGAAUUAGAAUCUUUGGACGUAUGGCCCAGAAAUCAGUCAGGUUUUUUUAAGCUCUCCAGAUAAUUCUUUUCAGCCAGCCCAGCACUAGUCUGAGGGCCCCCAUGUGGUGGCCAUAGCUUCUAGGGAUCCCUGUCAUCUUCUCCUGGGCUUCUCUGCCCUUCUGGUUGGGUCUUCAGGCUGGCUUAUGAAAUACUCAUAUCAGUGUUUCCAUAGAUGAGAGAAGACAGAAGGCGUGGGUUAUGGAGAAUGUCGCCUCUUUGGGGGAAAGUUUCCCUGGUGCCCUGACUUUGGAUACAUGAAGCCUCUAGAACUGUCGUGAUGUCUGCUCACAUGGCACGCGAUACCUGGGACUGUUGCUCUGUCUGUGCACCCCGUGCUGUGGCUAGGCGUUUACCUCCGCCACUGAGUGGGGCUCUCUGCAGAGGCAUCUCUGUGUGGGCUUUGCCUCGCGCUGGGCCUCACACCAGUAGGUGUGACUGAAUGAAGACGGGAGAGGGGCAAGAGUAGGCUGUAAGGGAUAAGAGCUGGAGCCCAGAGAGAAACAGGAAGGGAAUGGUAGAUGUGCCCAGCGGUGGGUGUGCUGGGGGCCUGGGAUGGCCUGGCUGGGGAGGGCCUGGUGGGCCCAGUGGCAGGGAAGGGGCGAGAGCUGGAGGUGAUGACAAACAGUGGGAGGGAUGACAAGCACCCAUUUCACAGAUAAGGGGACCUAAGCAAUUUCUCUUUCUCUGCUCUCCGAACUGGGACUCAAAGCCCAUGUCCAGAAGAGGGACCUCCCAGAGUCACCCAAAGAGGGGCCAUCCUUGCCACACCUGGAAACCUUUGGGAAGCCGGGUUUGGCUUUCGGGCACCCUCUCUUGGCUUUUCUGUACUCUUAGGCAACUCGGGGCCUGAUGGGCAGGUCUCAGAGGCGCUUGCAGUUGCCUCCUCUGCCCCCGCAGGGCCUGGCCCUGCCCCAGCCGGCCGGGCUCCGCCUCCCACCCCUCCCCCGGCACUGUCCAACCUGUUUGUCUGGAGCUGCCUCUGUCUCCUCUCCCCACAGCCAGGUGUGCCCUGCUACUUGUCCCGGAGCUCAGGAGCUCAGACGUCCGGUAGCUCCUUUUUUCCCACUCCUCGAAACUUCUACCAUCUUUGAACCAGCCCCCCACCCGGGACCCCAGCCUCUCGGGAUCCCAGGCUCCAGGGGAAGCAGAACCUCCCGCCUGCCCCGGUGUGGGCAGAGCAUGGACUCUGGGCCCCAGGCUGUGUAGAAGGCAGCAGGCACCAUGAAUGGGAAUGGAGUGAGCAGGGUGCACGGGCACGGCCUGAACGGGGCUGGUGAGUUUUACUAUGAGGCUGUGGAAGGGUCUCAGAACCCCGGGGGCCUCAUGCUCUCACCUGCUGCCUUCAUCAACCCCACUCAGUACGCCAGCGUGCUGGAUGGACGCUUCAAACAGCUACAAGAUGAGCGAGAAGCCGUGCAGAAGAAAACCUUCACGAAGUGGGUGAACUCACACCUGGCCCGGGUGACAUGCCGGGUAGGAGACCUGUACAGCGACCUCCGGGAUGGACGUAACCUGCUGAGGCUCCUCGAGGUGCUCUCGGGAGAGACACUGCCAAAGCCCACAAAGGGCCGCAUGCGUAUCCACUGCCUGGAGAACGUGGACAAGGCCCUGCAGUUCCUGAAAGAGCAGAAAGUACACUUGGAGAAUAUGGGCUCCCAUGACAUUGUGGACGGGAACCACCGCCUGACCCUGGGGCUGGUCUGGACCAUCAUCCUUCGAUUUCAGAUCCAAGACAUCAGUGUGGAAACAGAAGACAACAAGGAGAAGAAGUCAGCCAAGGACGCCUUGCUGUUGUGGUGUCAGAUGAAGACGGCAGGGUAUCCCAAUGUCAAUGUGCACAACUUCACCACCAGCUGGAGAGAUGGGCUGGCCUUCAACGCCAUUGUGCAUAAGCAUCGGCCAGACCUGCUGGAUUUUGAGUCCCUGAAGAAGUGCAAUGCACACUACAACCUGCAGAAUGCUUUCAAUCUGGCUGAGAAGGAGCUGGGACUUACGAAGCUGCUGGAUCCUGAAGAUGUGAAUGUGGACCAACCAGAUGAGAAAUCAAUCAUUACCUAUGUGGCUACUUACUACCACUACUUCUCCAAGAUGAAGGCCCUGGCCGUGGAAGGCAAAAGAAUUGGGAAGGUGCUGGACUACGCCAUGGAGGCAGAACGCCUGGUGGAGAAAUAUGAGUCCCUGGCCUCAGAGCUGCUGCAGUGGAUCGAGCAAACGAUCGUGACCCUCAAUGACCGGCAGCUGGCCAACUCCCUGAGUGGGGUCCAGAACCAGCUGCAGUCUUUCAAUUCCUACCGCACGGUGGAGAAGCCGCCCAAAUUCACAGAGAAAGGGAACUUGGAAGUACUGCUGUUCACCAUCCAGAGCAAGCUGCGGGCCAACAAUCAGAAGGUCUACACGCCCCGUGAGGGUCGGCUCAUCUCUGACAUCAACAAGGCCUGGGAGCGGCUGGAGAAGGCGGAGCACGAGCGUGAGCUGGCCCUGCGCACCGAGCUGAUCCGCCAGGAGAAGCUGGAACAGCUGGCCGCCCGCUUUGAUCGCAAGGCUGCCAUGAGAGAGACCUGGCUUAGCGAGAACCAGCGCCUCGUGUCCCAGGACAACUUUGGGCUGGAGCUGGCAGCAGUGGAGGCGGCGGUGCGGAAGCACGAAGCCAUCGAGACGGACAUCGUGGCCUACAGUGGCCGCGUGCAGGCUGUAGACGCCGUGGCCGCAGAGCUGGCCGCCGAGCGCUACCACGACAUCAAGCGCAUUGCGGCACGGCAGCACAAUGUGGCCCGGCUCUGGGACUUCCUGCGGCAGAUGGUGGCCGCCCGGCGGGAGCGGCUCCUCAUCAACCUGGAGCUGCAGAAGGUGCUUCAGGACCUGCUGUACCUCAUGGACUGGAUGGGAGAGAUGAAGGGCCGGCUGCAGUCUCAGGACCUGGGCAAGCAUCUGGCUGGAGUGGAGGACCUGCUGCAGCUACACGAGCUGGUGGAAGCGGACAUCGCUGUGCAGGCUGAGAGGGUGCGGGCUGUCAGUGCCUCUGCCCUGCGCUUCUGUGACCCAGGAAAAGAAUACAAACCAUGCGACCCACAGCUGGUGUCAGAGCGGGUGGCCACUCUGGAGCAGAGCUACGAGGCACUGUGCGAGUUGGCCGCAGCCAGGCGGGCCCGUCUGGAGGAGUCCCGGCGCCUCUGGCGGUUCCUCUGGGAGGUGGGCGAGACCGAGGCCUGGGUGCGGGAGCAGCAGCACUUGUUGGCUUCAGCCGACACUGGCCGGGACCUGACUGGCGUCCUCCGCCUGCUCAACAAGCACACAGCCCUGCGAGACGAGAUGAGUGGCCGGCUGGGACCCUUGAAGCUCACCCUGGAGCAGGGUCAGCAGUUAGUUGCCGAGGGCCACCCUGGGGCAGACCAGGCCGCUGCCCGCGCUGCAGAGCUCCAGGCCCAGUGGGAACAGCUGGAGGCUCUGGCGGAGGAGCGUGCCCAGCGGCUCGCCCAGGCCGCCAGCCUCUACCAGUUCCAGGCAGAUGCAAAUGACAUGGAGGCCUGGCUGGUGGAUGCACUGCGCCUGGUGUCCAGUCCCGAGCUGGGGCACGAUGAGUUCUCCACGCAGGCCCUGGCCCGGCAGCAUCGGGCCCUGGAGGAGGAGAUCCGAGGGCACCGGCCAACACUGGAUGCCCUGAGGGAUCAGGCCUUGGCCCUGCCUCCCGCACUGAGCCACACACCCGAGGUGCAGGGGAGGGUGCCCACCCUGGAGCGCCACUACGAGGAGCUGCAGGCCCGGGCAGGAGAGCGAGCCCGGGCCCUGGAGGCGGCCCUGGCUCGCUACACCAUGCUCAGCGAGGCUGGGGCCUGUGGGCUGUGGGUGGAGGAGAAGGAGCAGUGGCUGAACGGGCUUACCCUGCCUGAGCGCCUGGAGGACCUGGAAGUCGUGCAGCAAAGGUUCGAGACCCUGGAGCCCGAAAUGAACGCUCUUGCAGCACGAGUUACUGCCGUGAAUGACAUCGCAGAGCAGUUGCUGAAGGCCAACCCUCCGGGCAAGGACAGCAUUGUCAACACCCAGAAGCAGCUCAACCACAGGUGGCAGCAGUUUCGGUCCCUGGCAGAUGGCAAGAAGGCAGCUCUGACAUCAGCCCUGAGUAUCCAGAACUACCAUUUAGAGUGCACAGAGACCCAGGCCUGGAUGAGAGAGAAGACCAAGGUCAUCGAGUCCACCCAGGGCCUGGGCAAUGACCUUGCUGGGGUCCUGGCCCUGCAGCGUAAGCUGGCUGGCACGGAGCGGGACCUGGAGGCCAUCGCCGCACGGGUGGGUGAACUGACUCGUGAGGCAAAUGCCCUGGCUGCUGGCCACCCAGCCCAAGCCCCUGCCAUCAAGUCCCGGCUUGGAGAGGUGCAAGCCGGCUGGGAAGACCUCAGGGCCACCAUGCGACGUCGAGAGGAGUCGCUGGGUGAGGCGCGGCGGCUGCAGGACUUCCUGCGCAGCUUGGAUGACUUCCAGGCUUGGCUAGGUCGCACGCAGACCGCUGUGGCUUCUGAAGAAGGGCCAGCCACCCUGCCUGAGGCAGAGGCCCUCCUGGCCCAACAUGCAGCCCUGCGGGGAGAGGUGGAGCGGGCGCAGAGCGAGUACAGCCGUCUGCGGGCCUUGGGUGAGGAGGUGACCCGGGACCAGGCCGAUACCCAGUGCCUCUUCCUACGACAGCGACUGGAAGCCUUGGGAACCGGCUGGGAGGAGCUGGGCCGCAUGUGGGAAAGCCGGCAAGGCCGUCUGGCCCAGGCCCAUGGCUUCCAGGGCUUCCUGCGGGAUGCUCGCCAGGCCGAGGGCGUGCUUAGCAGCCAGGAAUAUGUUUUGUCGCACACGGAGAUGCCGGGAACACUCCAGGCUGCUGAUGCCACCAUAAAAAAACUGGAAGACUUCAUGAGCACCAUGGAGGCCAACGGGGAGCGGAUCCGUGGGCUCCUGGAGGCCGGGCGCCAGCUGGUGUCUGAGGGCAACAUCCAUGCAGAGAAGAUCCGAGAGAAGGCAGACUCCAUUGAGAGGAGACACAGGAAGAAUCAAGAAGCGGUGCAGCAGCUUUUGGGCCGUCUUCGGGAAAACCGAGAGCAGCAGCAUUUCUUACAAGAUUGUCAUGAGCUGAAACUCUGGAUUGACGAGAAGAUGCUGACAGCCCAGGACGUGUCCUAUGACGAGGCCCGCAACCUGCACACCAAGUGGCAGAAGCACCAGGCGUUCAUGGCUGAGCUGGCUGCCAACAAGGACUGGCUGGAUAAAGUAGACAAGGAAGGGCGAGAGCUGAGCCUCGAGAAGCCAGAGCUGAAAGCUCUGGUGUCGGAGAAGCUAGAGGAUCUGCACAAGCGCUGGGACGAGCUGGAGACCACCACCCAGGCCAAGGCCCGCAGCCUGUUUGAUGCCAACCGAGCCGAGCUGUUUGCCCAGAGCUGCUCCGCCCUGGAGAGCUGGCUACUGAGCCUGCAGGCCCAGCUGCACUCCGACGACUAUGGCAAGGACCUCACCAGUGUCAACAUUCUGCUCAAGAAGCAGCAGAUGCUGGAACGGGAGAUGGCUGUGCGGGAGAAGGAAGUGGAGGCCAUCCAGGCCCAGGCGAAAGCACUGGCCCAGGAAGACCAGGGUGCAGGGGAGGUGGAGAGGACCUCGAGGGCCGUGGAGCAGAAGUUCAGGGCCCUGUGCCAGCCCAUGAAGGAGCGCUGCCAGCGCCUGCAAGCCUCUCGAGAGCAGCACCAGUUCCACAGGGACGUGGAGGACGAGAUCUUGUGGGUGACAGAGCGGCUACCCAUGGCUAGCUCCAGGGAACAUGGCAAGGACCUGCCCAGUGUCCAGCUCCUCAUGAAGAAAAACCAGACCCUGCAGAAGGAGAUACAGGGCCACGAGCCACGGAUUGCAGACCUAACAGAGCGGCAGCGUGCCCUGGGUGCGGUCGCAGCAGGCCCAGAGUUGGCCGAGCUGCAGGAAAUGUGGAAACGCCUGAGCCACGAGCUGGAACUGCGAGCGAAGCGACUGGAGGAGGCCCUGCGGGCCCAGCAGUUCUACCGCGAUGCCGCCGAGGCAGAGGCCUGGAUGGGCGAGCAAGAGUUACACAUGAUGGGCCAAGAGAAAGCCAAGGAUGAGCUGAGUGCCCAGGCCGAGGUGAAGAAACAUCAGGUAUUGGAGCAAGCCCUGGCCGACUACGCCCAGACCAUCCAUCAGCUAGCAGCCAGCAGCCAAGACAUGAUUGACCAUGACCACCCAGAGAGCACGAGGAUAUCCAUCCGCCAAGCCCAGGUGGACAAGCUGUUCGCCAGCCUGAAGGAGCUGGCCGGGGAGCGGCGGGAGCGCCUACAGGAGCACUUGCGGUUGUGUCAGCUCCGCCGCGAGCUUGAUGACCUGGAGCAGUGGAUCCAGGAGCGCGAGGUGGUGGCAGCCUCCCACGAGCUGGGCCAGGACUAUGAGCAUGUGACGAUGCUCCGGGACAAAUUCCGAGAGUUCUCCCGGGACACAAGCACCAUCGGUCAGGAGCGCGUGGAUACUGCCAACUCAUUGGCCAAUGGGCUCAUCACGGGGGGCCACGCCGCCCGGGCCACUGUGGCCGAGUGGAAGGACAGUCUCAACGAGGCCUGGGCCGACCUGCUUGAGCUGCUGGACACGCGGGGGCAGGUGCUGGCCGCCGCACACGAGCUGCAGCGCUUCCUGCAUGGGGCACGCCAGGCCCUGGCACGGGUGCAGCACAAGCAGCAGCAGCUCCCGGACGGAACCGGCCGGGACCUCAACGCCGCUGAGGCCCUACAGCGCCGACAUUGUGCCUUUGAGCAUGACAUCCAGGCCCUCAGCACCCAGGUCCAGCAGGUCCAGGAUGAUGGCCACCGGCUCCAGAAGGCCUACGCCGGAGACAAGGCCGAGGAGAUUGGCCGCCACAUGCAGGCUGUGGCCGAGGCCUGGGCCCAGCUUCAGGGAAGCUCUGCCGCCCGCCGCCAGCUGCUGCUGGACACCACGGACAAGUUCCGCUUCUUCAUGGCUGUCCGGGAGCUGAUGCUGUGGAUGGAUGGGGUGAACGUGCAGAUGGAUGCCCAGGAGCGGCCCCGGGAUGUGUCCUCUGCAGACCUGGUCAUCAAGAACCACCAGGGCAUCAAGGCUGAGAUAGAGGCCAGGGCCGAUCGCUUCUCCUCUUGCAUUGAGAUGGGGCAGGGGCUGCUCGCCAGGAGCCACUACGCAGCUGAGGAGAUCUCAGAGAAGCUGUCUCAGCUGCAGGCACGGCGCCAGGAGACAGCUGACAAGUGGCAUGAGAGGAUGGACUGGCUCCAGCUUGUUUUGGAGGUGCUUGUGUUUGGAAGAGAUGCAGGAAUGGCAGAGGCCUGGUUAUGCAGCCAGGAGCCACUGGUGCGAAGCGCCGAGCUGGGCUGCACAGUCGAUGAAGUUGAGAGCCUCAUCAAGCGGCACGAGGCCUUCCAGAAGUCCGCAGUGGCUUGGGAGGAGCGUUUCAGCGCGCUGGAGAAGCUCACUGCGCUGGAGGAGCAGGAGAAAGAGCGGAAAAGACAGAGGGAGGAGGAGGAGCGGAGGAGACAGCCCCCUACUCCAGAGCCCGCAGCCACUCUGACCGAAGGGGUCCUGGUGGACAGGCAGACGGUUCCUGAUGCUUCCUGGGACGGAACCCACCCCCGGCUACCAGCGUCCACACAGCCAGCCAGCAUUAACGGAGUCUGCACAGAUGCAGAGUCCCCACAGGAGUCUGGCGCAGGGGAUGAGGCCAACGGGCCACAGGGAGAGAGAGAGACCCGGCCACAGGGCUCGGCCCCUCCUGUCAUGCCCCAGAGCAGGUCGUCCGAGUCAGCCCGGGUUGCCACCUUGCCCCCUCGAGGCCCAGAGCUUUCUGCCCAGGAACAGAUGGAGGGAAUGCUGUGCCGCAAACAGGAGAUGGAGGCCUUCGGCAAGAAGGCCGCCAACAGGUCAUGGCAGAAUGUGUACUGCGUCCUGCGGCGUGGGAGCCUUGGCUUUUACAAGGAUGCGAAGGCAGCCAGCAUGGGAGUGCCAUACCAUGGAGAAGUGCCUGUCAGCCUGGCCAGGGCCCAGGGCAGCGUCGCCUCUGAUUAUCGAAAGCGCAAACAUGUUUUCAAGCUGGGCUUACAGGAUGGAAAAGAAUAUUUAUUCCAAGCCAAGGAUGAGGCAGAGAUGAGCUCAUGGCUGCGGGUGGUGAAUGCAGCCAUUGCCGCUGCGUCCUCUGCCUCUGGAGAGCCUGAAGAGCCAGCAGUGCCCAGUGCCACCCGGGGCAUGACCCGGGCUAUGACCAUGCCCCCAGUAUCGCCGGUCGGGGCUGAGGGGCCUGUGGUACUUCGCAGCAAGGAUGGCAGAGAACGAGAGCGAGAAAAACGCUUCAGCUUCUUCAAGAAGAACAAGUAGUUGGGGGCGAGUCUCCCAGGCCAGCUCCCUCCCUCUGUUCAGGAAACUGCCAGGGACUGUCAACGGGGACCACCCUCUUGUCAGGACAACUGCCUGCUGCUAGGGUCUGUUGCCAAGGUCAACCCAUCACCAGGAACUGUCUCUGGGGACAAGUCAGUGUUCCCAAGGGCAACCCUACUCUUCUGCUAUUUAAUUCCAGACUGGUGGUGGGACCCAGGCAACCCCCAAUUCCACUCCCCGCCACUUGUUCCUUCUUCCCCCAGCCUUAUGCCUCUGUCCCCACCACAGUGCGGACAGUGCCGCACCCUCAACAUAGGCCAUGUGGGGAAUGGUGGCCCCUGCCUCAGGGUCAUUCUCCCACCACAGCUAGGGCACACCGUCUGGUUCCUUGCCCCUGGGGACCAGCCAGGAACCUCUCAGAGCUGAAGCAGGACCUGGGGGCAAGACUGUCAGAUGAUGGAGUCAGAGAUGCUGAAGCUCCCCCUUCCUGUCCUUCCUCAUCCUCUGACUCGAGUGACCACUCCCAUCUCCAGCGAGUCUCAAUGGCUUCCAGGUGUGAGUUGUUCAGGGGCAACCACAGCCUUGAGUCUUGCCAAGGAGUGAUUAAACAGCUCAGCUUCUCUUA